AUGAACACCUUAACUUUGCAAGUCACCCUUGCUAAGAGGUGCUUUUCUUUAGCUUCAAGAUCAUCAAUUAGAUCAUUCUCCUCUACACGUUUCCAAGCUAAUGAAAAUAAUGAUGAUAGUGAAAUUAAAGGUUUUUACGAAAAAGGUAUUAUUAGUGAACCUGUUUAUAAUUCAUUAACAAAUAUGAACUUCACAAAUUUCACUCCUGUUCAAACUCAAACAAUUGAACCAAUUUCUAAAAUUGAAAAAGGUAUUGUUGCAAGAGCUAAAACUGGUACUGGUAAAACUUUAGCUUUUGGUAUUCCAUUAAUUGAAAAAGCUUUAAAAAGAGAAAAUCCUGCUAAAAAUCCAGAUGUUAUUGGUCUUGUUAUCUCUCCAACUAGAGAUUUAGCUUAUCAAAUUAGAGAUGAAUUAAUUAAAGUUACAAAACAAUUUGAUAGAAGUGUUCCUCGCGUUAAUAUUCAUUGUCUUGUUGGUGCUGAACCAAAAUAUCAACAAAUUAAAGCUUUCACUAGAUUCCAAUCCACUCCUCAAGUUGUUGUUGCUACUCCAGGUAGAUUAUACGAUUUGUUAGAUGAUCCAAUCAUUCAAGAUGCUAUGAAAAAUUUGGAAUUUAAAGUUUUAGAUGAAGCUGAUAGAUUACUUGAUGAUGGGUUUAAAGAUAAUUUAUUAGAAAUUCAAGAUAGUAUUGCUGAAUUAAAACAAAAAUCUGGUUCUCCAACUGAAAAAACUUUAUUAUUCUCUGCUACUAUUGAUAGAAAUGUUUUAGGUUUUGCUGAAAAUUUAAUGGGUAAAAAUUUAACUUAUAUUGAUACUGUUGAUCCAAAUGAACCUGAAACUCAUGAAAAUAUUGAUCAAUCUUUAAUUACUACUGAAAAUUUCUUUGAAAGUUUUGUCGCUUCAUCAGUUUUCAUUGGUAAACAAGCUGAAGAAGUUGAAGAUUUCAAAAGUGUUGUUUUCUUACCAACUGUUAAAUCAGUUUCUUAUUUCAAAGAUUUAUUAUUCAAUUAUGUUAAAGAACAAAAUAUCCGUUUACCAGUCUUUGAAUUACAUGGUAAAUUAUCUCAAGCUCAAAGAGAUAGAUCAGUUCAAAAUUUCAGACAACGUUCAAGAGGUGUUUUAGUUACUUCAGAUGUUGGUGCUAGAGGUAUGGAUUUCCCAGGUGUUACUAAUGUUGUUCAAAUUGGUGUUCCAACUGAUACCACCAAUUAUGUUCAUAGAAUUGGUAGAACUGCUAGAGGUGGUAAGAAAGGUCAAGCUUUGAUUGUUUUAUCACAAGCUGAAGCUCCAUUUGUUAGACAAUUAAAAGAUAGAAAAAUUCAAAUUGCUAAUAAAUAUUCUUAUGAACCAUCUCCGGAAGCUGAAGAACUUAUUACAUCCGGUUCUAAAAAUGUUAGACAUAAAUAUUCAUUAAAUGAAACCAUGGAAUCAAUGAUUGGUUUCUAUAAUGGUAUGGUUAAAAACUACCGUUUACGUUCAGAAGAUGUUUUGAAAAACAUUUCAGAUUCUUAUGGUUUAUUAGAUGGUACACCAGGUACAUUACCAAGAAUGAGUAGAACUUUAUUGAUCACAGCUUUACAUAUUCCUGAAAGAGUUGCAUCUAGAUAUUUCAACUUAGCUCGUGGUCCAGUUUUCAGUGGUGAUAGAUUUGGCGGUGAUCAAAAUGAAGAUGCUGAUGAUGGAUUCAGCCGUGGUGGUAACAACAGAUUUGGUGGUAAUAACAGAUUUGGAGGUAGUAACAACAGAUCAUAUGGUGAUAAUAAUAACAGAUCAUAUGGUGGUAAUAACAAAUUUGGUGGUAACAGAAACAAUAAUAAUAACAGAUGGGGAAACAGAGGUAAUUCCAACAACCGUGGUAACCGUUUCUAA